UGAGCACCCGAGAGCGAAUAUUGAAGGAUAUUGAUGCGUCGAAAGGGCCUAAGAAACUGCAGAUAUUUGUUGUCUGGUUGCUUGCCGAUCGAAAUCCACUGUGAGAGUGAGAGGUAACAAUCGAUUUAUCCGAUGUGGAAUAUAUAAUGCGGAUACGCACAGAUGUGUAAGAUUGUAUAAAUUUUUCUGAAAGCUUUCCUCAUCAUCAUCUAUCUGACUAUAAUUAUUCAUACUUACGCCCAAACUUUCAUUUCGAAAUGCGUUUUACUAUCCUCCCUGUGUUCUUCCUCGCCUCCAAAGUCCUUUGCGAUGGCCAAGCAAUCGUAGAUGCCAUUUCAGAAAUUUCAAAUACAACCACCUCUCUCAACCAAACUGUCUCUAGUUGGUCCGGCAGCCUUCUAACCUCUUUCCCCAUCGUCACCCUUUCUGCCAAACUUCUCAUCGACAUUAACACCGGGACCUGGGUCGCUUCCUCCUCCGCAAACCUCACCCUGAUCGAAACCAUCACCAUCGCCACCGCGACGCAAAAUCUCGUCACAGUUGUAGAGGGAACUCUCGAGACGAUUGAAUCUGCUAAACCGAAAUUCGACAAGCUACUUUUCAGUCCGCUUAUCCUGUUGAAUCUGGUGGAGGAGAAGAGUGCGACGGAUAGUUUCAGUGCGAAAAUCAUUGAGAAGAUUCCCGCAGCUUUUCAAGAAACAGCGAGAACUAUCGUAGCGCCUGUUGAUACGGCGUUUGAUGCUGCUAUUGCGCAUUAUAAGUUAUUGUGAGAGGAAUGAAUAACGACGGAAGAUAUAGUGAUUGUUGGAUUGACAAAGGGAAGUUGAAGGCGAUCAAGGGACUGGGGAGAGGCUAGAGGGGUUUAGCGGUAUUUGUAAGUUUCUUGAGUCAAGCAAAAAUUCGAUGAUGAAUAGUGGGAUGCGAUCGAGAGCCUACGAGCGUCUCGAUGAGGAAACUGCAUACAAAUUAUAAUGAACACAGUUUCUGACAAAACG